AUGUUGUGUGUGGAUGCGGUCCACCGUGAUGUUUUAGUUGCCAAACGCCUUGCAGCAUCCUCGGAGACCCCUGCGCUUGGGAGACCCACGCUACCCCUCGCAUCGGGUUCUCUCCCUAUCACGGUGAGUGAUCCGUUGCCGCAUUCGAAUGGAACGAUAGUGGUCACGAUUUGUCUUGAGCGCGCUUUUGCAGGCAACAGGCAAGCGAACCCACACCCCGCAUCCGUUAUAGUGCGUAUGGAGUGGGAAGUUUUCUUCAGCGUCGCGUACCCUAAAGAGCCCUGCGUGUGGCGGCUGGUGGAUGGGCUUCCAGCACAAAGCAGCACGGAUGUCGACUAUCGGGUCGUCCGCCUCCAGUCAUUUCUGAUGGAGGAGGUGCUGUCGCGCCUGCCAAAGGCAAAAAAAACGUACCUCGCUGCGUACGUGGGGGAAGCAGGUAGUGGUGGUGGUGCCACGUAUCACCGCUCAUCACGGGGUGACACCGCAACAUUGCGGUCUCAAACGGAAUUAUCGACAGGCACCACCUUAGCGGAAAUGUAUCCAGGCCUGGGCAGCGGCGGCAGAAACAACAACAAUAACAAAAAGAGGCAAAAUAGCAGCAGCUGUUCUAAACAAGACAAUAGCCAUAACAAUGGCAACAAUAGCAAUAGUAACAAGGGCGCCGUCGGAGUUGUCGUGUCGCCAUUUUUAUCCGAUUUUGCAUUUCUCUGUAGUUGGUGGGCUGCACUGGAGCUCGAUGUGGGUUGCAUCAUUUCAGAGCGUCAGAAUUUUAUACUUCGCAACAUCUCCAGUGGGAGUAUGGUCUUACUAGAGGAAGAUGCGGGUAGUCGCAGUUACAUCCGACAAGGUCGUGGGGUGCAUUUUCUGGAUGAGGUCGGGGGAAACAGAGUGCAAAAUCCUGGACGUGGGUUCGCGGCUGUCUUCAUGCCCCGUGGCGAUGUAGUCGCAUGGGGACUGCGGCAGCUUCCACAAAUUGCAAAGAAAAAAAAGGAAGAGGCGAAGAGCAACACGGUCACUGGCACGGCAAAUCCCUCAAUAUUGGGAACAGCGUCCCAUGAAAUGGUACCACAAAGAUGUGGGGGAAGCUGGAGCGGGUAUUGCACGGGCUACAUGGAGACAUCUGGACGGCCUGGGUAUCAUAAUCAAGAUGAUCAGUACCACUUGCAAAGCCGACGCGCACAGCAAGCGCUUCGAAUUACCUCGGUCCGAAGCGACAUGGCUGGAGCGGUGCUACCUUCUCUGCUGGUUUCGAGUAACAUUUUGCGGACAGGAGUCUACGAACUGAAUGACAUCUGUCUUUAUGCAAAUGACCCAUCUGUGGCUUUGUGUCAGAAUGCCCUGAUUUUGCGGGAGGGAAAGGCGCUCAAAGAUGUCUCAAAUGCAUUUCUAAUGUUGCGCCAUUUAAUAAAAGGGGUAUCGCCGCAUGCACCUUCGCGGUAUGCAUUGCAGCUGCUAGCUCCCGCGUUACAUGAGCUUGUAAAGAGCAUGCAGGAGCAAAGGAAGCCGUUUUGGGCGGGGGUAGCUCUCUGCUGCGUGUUAUUGCCGGCGAUCCUAAACGACCGACCCAUGCCGUUUGAAAUCACCGCUCAUUUGAUUGACCCCGUGGAGUGUUAUCGUUGUGUAUCGAUAGUUGCUAUGAUAUUUUCCACGGUAGGGGCGACCAACAAGUUUCGUGAGGCAGAACUAACAAGGAGCGCCAUUCUUAGCGCAUACCGUUGUAAAAAGCCACCCAUGUCUCUCAUCAGGAAAAGUGUGGAUUGUGAGGAAUCUAAGAGCAACAGUGGCAAAAUCCCACCUGUGUACCAAAUACCUAUCACCGAAUGUGCCGUCUGCGGGAUGCCUUUGCUGCGGGACACAAGACGGGGAAAUGGCACCGCCACCGGUAAUCCGUUCAACACGGGCCUUGGAAGUGGUGAUGAUGCGGUCCCGGCCUCCGCAAGAAAAGACGGCUGUAUCAUUGUUCAGUGUGUUCGCUGUGGACACGGAGGCCACGUUGCGCAUAUUCUUGCUUGGUGGAACGAUAAGAACGUUCGCUGCUGUCCCAAAGGAUGUGACUGUCUCUGCAUUUACUGA